AUGGAUUUGUGUGACCGUAGAAUACAUGUUUGGAUACAGUGUUUUGUAUUGCUUUGUUCAUGUGGAUUGUCUUCAGGACAGAUCGUCUACAUGGUGUCAGAGGAGGUGGAUAAAGGCACAGUUGUUGGAAAUAUAGCCAAAGAUCUCAAUCUAAAUGUUCAAGAUCUGGAAUCGAGAGGAGUUGAGAUUGUAACUGGAUCGAAUAAGAGGUAUUUUGACGUAAACCGGAAGACUGGGCUUCUGUAUGUCAAUGAAAUAAUCGACAGGGAGAUGCUGUGUCAGAAUUCAGUAAAAUGUUUUGUAAACGUUGAAGCCAUUUUGAAAGGUCCAACACAUCUCCACCGCAUAGAAAUCAAUAUUUUAGACAUAAACGACAAUGCACCAUCAUUCCGAGAGACAGUUCAUAUUUUUAAUAUUACUGAGUAUGCCUCUCCAGGAGAGAGAUUUUCUCUGCCUGAAGCCCAGGACAUGGAUGUUGGCAGUAACUUGGUGAAAGCCUACAAGCUGAGCCCAAAUGAACACUUCUCUCUGGAUGUACAGAGCGGUGGAGAGCAGGUGUCUGCUGAGUUGGUGCUACGGAAAGCUUUAGACCGAGAGAAACAGGCUGUUAUCAAGCUUGUGCUGACUGCCAUUGAUGGAGGAAAACCAACUAGAUCCGGGACAUUACAGAUUAUUGUCAACAUUAUUGAUGUAAACGAUAAUUCCCCAUCUUUCAGCAAACAACUCUACAAAGUUCAGAUUCCUGAGAAUGUCCCAAGUGGAACGACAAUUCUUAUUUUAAAUGCGACUGAUUUUGAUGAGGGUGUAAACGGAGAUAUAAUGUAUUCCUUAACGGCAAAGGGAGAUGCAAAACAUGCUGAAAUAUUCUCCAUUGAUCCGAAGUCGGGAGUUAUCGCCUCUAAAGGCAAAAUAGACUACGAGGAAAGUACAGCAUUUGAGAUCCGUGUACAGGCUAAGGACAGAGGCGUCCCUCCUCGAAGCACGCAGUGUAAAGUCUUGGUUGAAGUGCUUGAUGAGAAUGACAAUGCCCCUGAGAUAGCUGUAACAUCACACAUGGGCGCAGUGAAAGAGGACUCUCCAAUUGGCACUGUUGUCGCAUCUAUAAAUGCAUUAGAUAAAGAUGGAGGUAAAAAUGGACGUGUUUUGUGUGCCAUAGUCGGAGAAGUUCCCUUUAAACUUAUCUCUACUUAUAAGAACUAUUAUUCUGUAGUAGUGGGUCGACCUCUGGACAGAGAGAGCGCAUCGCAGUGCAAUGUCACCAUCAUUGCUAAAGAUGAGGGAACACCUCCUCGCUCCAGUACCAGUGUUAUAACAGUAGACAUCUCUGAUGUGAAUGACAACCCACCUCACUUUUCAGAACCCACAAUAAACAUGUUUCUAAAGGAGAAUAGUCCUGCGAGAGAUUUAAUUGCAAGCUUGACUGCAAUUGACCCCGACGUCAAUGGCAAUGCUCAAGUUACAUAUUCAAUGCCAGAAACUAGCAACAACCUUCCAAUGUCUACGAUGAUAAACAUAAACUCUUUAACUGGUGAGAUAUAUAGCAUGCAGUCAUUUAACUAUGAAGAAGUAAAACAGUUCCAGUUCCAAGUUCAGGCCACAGACUCUGGUGUUCCUCCACUAAGCAGCAACGUCACUGUCAACGUUUUUAUCCAGGAUGAGAAUGACAACAGUCCUGUGAUUCUCCCGCCCUAUUCUGACCACGGCUCCGUUAAUUCUGAGAACAUUCCUUAUUCUGCUGAAGCGGGAUACUUUGUGGCCAAGAUCAGGGCUGUAGACGCCGACUCUGGAUAUAAUGCGCUGCUUUCUUAUCACAUCUCUGAACCAAAGGGGACCAAUCUAUUCAGAAUAGGAACCAGCAACGGAGAAAUACGGACUAAGAGACGCAUGAGUGACAAUGACUUAAAAACUCACCCGUUGGUCAUUCUGGUGUCUGAUAAUGGAGAACCUUCCCUGUCUGCGACUGUGUCUGUUGAUGUUGUGGUCGUUGAAAGUUCAGGUGACAUGCAGACAUCUUUCAGGCAACUGCCUGUAAAGGAGGAGAGUUUCUCAGAUUUAAAUCUGUAUCUGCUCGUCGCCAUUGUGUCAGUAUCAGUGAUAUUUCUACUGAGCCUCGUCAGUUUAAUAGUUGUAAAAUGCCACAGGACAGACGGCAGUUUCAGCAGGUGCAGCGCCCCAAUGAUCACUACACACCCUGACGGGAGCUGGUCUUACUCCAAAUCUACUCAGCAGUAUGACGUGUGUUUCAGCUCUGACACAAUGAAGAGUGACGUAGUAGUUUUCCCCACGCCGUUUCCACCUGCUGAUGGUGAGCUGAUCAGUAUUAAUGGAGGAGACACUUUUCAAAGAACAAGAACGCUUCCGAGCUCAGAGAAGAUACCAACAUCUUGA